UUUUUCUGAUGGAUCCGCUAAUGUAGCCAUUUUCCAUCCAUCUCACUUCUCUGGCAUCUUCGUUGCCGUCUACGUCUCUACCUCUCUUUGCCUUUCACACAGACACAUAUAUACCCACACAGGGCAUGUGUGUGUACUUUUUGGAGAUUUUUCAAGUUCCCACCAUAAACGCAUAGGGAAGUAGGAAAUGGAGGAUAGGUAUCAAAUGUUCUUUCCAUGUUCAUCAUCGGUGACCAAGGUUGACAACUCUGCACAGUGUGGAGCUCAGCCGACAGCAUCAUCAUCAUCGACACACCAGAACAUCAACACUAAUGAAGAAGACAAACCCAAGAGUAAGAUGAAAAAAGAGAGAGAACCUAAGUUUUCCUUUCAGACAAGAAGCCAGGUUGAUAUUCUCGAUGAUGGAUACAGGUGGAGGAAGUACGGCCAAAAAGCUGUCAAGAACAAUAUAUUUCCCAGGAGUUAUUAUAAGUGCACACAAGAAGGAUGUAGAGUGAAGAAGCAAGUGCAGAGGUUAUUAGGAGACGAAGGAGUGGUGGUUACAACUUACCAAGGUGUUCAUACCCAUCCUGUUGAUAAACCCUCUGAUAAUUUCCACCACAUCUUGACCCAAAUGCACAUCUUCCCUUCCUUUUAGUUACUUUUGCUCUUUUGCAUUUCUUAUAUAAUACUACGUACCGCAUAAAUCUUCGGUCCAUAUAUGAUUAGUAGGGGUUGAUGAAUGAUGAAUUAGUAGAGGAACGGGAUGUAAUAAUCAAAAAAGUUGGGAAAGAAUGCUAAACUCAAGUGUUAAGACCAUUACUUUAAAACUAGCAUUAACAUAUA